UCGCACACUAGAUACACUCGAAAUUUCCCCUUCUACUUUCUGACACUAAACCCAAUUGCGAUCAAAGUGAAUGCGGUCGCACUUCGAACAGCUUUGAGGAGUUGAGAAAGAGGGCGAACGUCAGCCUGUCUUCUUUCUCGGCCCUCCAAAACUCUAUGAGCUCAUGUAUACGGCAUACGUGAUCUGGCAUUAGUGUGUGAAAGUGGAAGGGGAAAUUCUGAGUGCAUCUGGCGCAUGGUCUGGUAACCAGACUCUGAAUAUGAAUUGAGUUUGCGAAAGGAUCGCGUGAGCUUAAACGUACCGAUUAGAAGUGAACAAUAACCAUUGUCAAAAUCAUUGAAUAAACAAUACGGCAGAAAGACUAGUACAUAGAGAAAAUAAAUUUUAUUCGAAGAUGAUAACGACAGAGAAUACGUUGUGGUCGACUAUCGGACAGCAUAUAGUGAUAAAUGCCAUUGCAUAUCCAAUCGAAUACGCUAAAGUUUUGAUACAGAUCGGACAUGAACCGAUUUCACCACAACCGACAACUACUUUACUUAGAGAACCAGCUUUAGGCUUGCCUAACGUUUUUCAGUAUGUGAAGCAUAUAAAAAAAGUAGAUGGACUUGCGGGAUGCUAUUGUGGUCUUGUUCCAAAAUUAUGUGCCUAUACCGUAGGUGCUAUAACUUUGGAUAAAACCUGUAGCAAACUUACGUGUAUAUAUAAAAAGAGACAAGAUAAAAGACGAUCUGAAGAUGAUGCCGAAGAUGAAGAAAGCUGCACAAAUCAUAUAUCUGAAUUUUUAAUAGAUCUGAUUAGUAGAACGACUGCAAUUAUAGUCAGUCACCCAUUAGACGUUAUUGCGCUGAGGAUGUUGGCACAAUUUGUCGGCAGAGAAACUAAAUACAAUGGAUUAUUCACAUCAUUUGUGGAAGUGUACAGAGAGAAUGGAGUUAUGGGGUACUUCGCAGGAUUAGUGCCUCGUCUUAUUGGAAAUACUAUUGUAUUAGUAAUGGUUAGUUCUUCUACUUAUGUCGUCAAAAAGUAUAUGCCAGCUCCCACAACUGAUAUCGAAUUAAAACCAAUUAUUUGUUCUUUCAUCAAAUUUCUAGUAACAACAAUUACAUAUCCAUUUUUGGUAGUAUCGCAUUGUAUGGCUGUUAAUAAUUGUGGGUUAGCCGCGGGUCUUCCUCCACACAUGCCAAUUUACAAUAGCUGGCAGGAUUGUUGGUCUCAUCUUUCAGCUACCAACCAGUUAACAAGAGGAAACAGCCUUUUGUGGCGUUAUUAUAGAGGACCUUCAGUAAUAAUAAAUGGGAUAAUGGUUCCUAAACAAUAAUUUUUCUCUACGAAGCGUGUCACAGUAAUAAUACUCCAUUAAUUUGUAUUCAAGAGACCAAUAGUAAAAUCAGUUUUGUGCUACAUAACUUUUUGCUAGCGAAUUUACAGAUUUGGUAUAUAAUCGCAAUUAUAUGUUACUUUAAAAUUUAUUUUAAUUAUUGCUGCGUUAAGCUUCUGUUACAAACUGUUCUCUAUAUUUCUAUGUAUUAA